AUGUCAUGUAUAAUUCCACCUUUCUCUAACGGCCUGGUUACAGUGAUGGUUCCUCAGCUGCGGCGAGAGAACAGCCUCCUCUUGUGGAGCACGCUGGAACUGAACAGUCCUGUUCACGCUUUCGUGGGCCACGACGACGUUGUACUUGAGUUUCAGUGGAGGCCGCAGAAAGAAGGUUCCAAAGACUGCCAGCUGGUCACAUGGUCUAGAGAUCAAACCCUGAGGAUAUGGAGAGUAGAUCCUCAACUUCAGAAGCUGUGCUGUGCCAAUGGCAUUGCGGACGAGUUGAUGGAGGGCUUGACUCUCACCACAGAGACGGAGAAAACACUGAGGUUCCAAGGCUCCGAACCUCCGCUCAGCCCUGGAUUCACAGCGGACAACUCACAAGAUCAGUUUGACGGCCCUCAGUCUGGCCUGUCGUCCAGCGGUAAGAAUGACGUACCAGGUUUGCCUCAGACUCUGCAGCAAGAGUUUUCUCUAGUCAACUUACAGAUUCGCAAUGUCAAUGUGGAGAUGGAUGCCGUCAACCGCAGCUGCUUUGUGUCGGCCGACUGCGGAGCCAAUCGUGUCCGUCUCGUGGUGAAGUUUCCUGCCCAGUAUCCCAACAAUGCAGCUCCAGCUUUCCAGUUCGUCUCUCCGACGAACAUCUCGUCUUCCACGAAGACCAAGAUACAGAAGAUCCUGACUGAUACGUCACUUCAGAAGGUGAAGAGAAACCAGAACUGCUUAGAGCCAUGUGUUCGACAGCUGGUGUCUUGCUUAGAGUCAGAUGGAGUCAUGGAGGACGGUACGAACCCUUACUUGCUCACCAACCCGGUGACUCCUGCACUUCCAGCUUUCCCUCGAGUAAGCAACACUUACGGCUCGUACCAGGACUCCAACAUCCCCUUCCCACGCACCUCAGGGGCGCGCUUCUGUGGGACAGGUUCCUUGGUUUAUUUCACACGGCCCAUAACUAUGCAUCGUACAGUCCCUCCGACUGAACCUACUCCCAGGUCGCUGUCAGCUCUCUCAGCGUAUCACAGCGGGGUGAUGACGCCCAUGAAAAUGCGAACGGAGUCUCAGACCACCCUGAGGUUGUACAGCGGGAGCCCAACACGCACAGACAAAGACCAAGUGUCCAUAUCAUCGUUUUACUACAAAGAGCGGAAGCCCCCUCUGUCUGCUCCCCGCCGGUGGUCUGUGCAGACUAUUCAUGACUGUCCGAAAUCCCGUCGCUGGAAAGGCAAGCGAGAGGGAGGAGACUACAGCAGCAGACCCAUCAAACUGGCUGGCAAAGUCAUCAUCCAGGAAAUCUCAUGUCUGCUUCCUGUGCACAAAGCCCUCGGGGAAACAUACGUGCUAAAUGUUAAUGACACACAGGACACGUGUCAGAAGAAUGGGGCGGCGGCCUUAGCAGUGGGCCGCAGGGAUUUAGCAAAGGUAUGGGCACUUGCUUCUGCAGCCACAAAUCUUGACCUCAGUCCCGAUCCUGACCCUGAUGCUGGAACUCCCUGGGCCAAACAUCCAUUUGGGCGACACCUGCUGGAGACAUUGCUUGAACACUACAGGCAGAUGAGUGAUGUUCAGAGUCUGGCCAUGUUGUGUAGUGUGUUCAGAGGUCACGGCAGUCCUCAGGAAUAUUUCACUCUAUACGGGCAUCAGCAACCUCGACCGGCGUUCUUCACGCCACACCACUCCCGCUACCCCAGUUUCACCUCUAGUUCGGUCACAUCUGGAUCGUGUUUAAGUACCUCAGACUCUGCAAAUACUCCGUGGAACAUGGGUGGACGUGAGUCAGAACAUGCUCCCCCCUGGGGAGAAUCAUCUCCGGAUGACUAUCGCUAUGCCAACCAGAUAUACACAGACCCCCGAGAACGAGAAAAAGAACAACACGACAUGAACAAACGAUUACUGGACCCCUCCAACUCCUGGCAGUUUGACGACUUCAAGAAGUGUUACGGUGAGAUCCUGCACCGAUGGGGCAUGAAGGACAAGAGGGCAGAGGUGCUCAAAUUUGUCUCCUGUCCUCCAGAGCCACACAAAGGCAUAGAGUUUGGCGUUUACUGCUGCCACUGUCGCAGUCAGGCCCGCGGCACCCAGUGCGCCGUCUGCAAGCGCUUCACCUUCCAGUGCGCCAUCUGUCACGUGGCUGUACGCGGCUCUUCUAACUUCUGCCUGAGCUGCGGCCACGGAGGACACACCAGUCACAUGAUGGACUGGUUUCGCUCGCAAGAGGUCUGUCCCACCGGCUGCGGGUGCCACUGCCUGCUGCAAAGCACUUUCUGAACAAUACAAACAAUAAAAACCUCAAGAUAAGCCUCAAAACUCUUAGUACUGUAGCAGCUCGCCGGUGGAGAGAUGUUUAAGGAACACCGGCGUCAUUCAGGAUGGACUAACCACUGUUCAAGUGUAGAAUUAUGAAUUAUGUUCUAACGAGGCGCUGCAAAUAUCCACCUUAUAAUAGGUCAAACCAGCCUAGUUAGUAAGUGAAAUUGUUAUACAGUGCUGUUUUUUGCACUUUUAUAUCUGUUGAUUUGAGUAGAGCAUGUAUUUGCUCUAUAAGGUGCCAUGGAAAUUGAUCUGUGAAA